AUGUUCGUUUCAGUAUUUCGGCGGCUGCCCCAAAUCAGCAGGGCCGCGGCAUGCUCACCUUCAAGUUCACUUCUUCACAGACACUUUCCGGAUCAGCUUGCCAUUGAGAGCACGGCACCUCCGCAGAAGUACCUCAGCCGGCUGGCAGACCUCGUGCAAGAAGCGCAGCAUUCAAGGUCAUGCGCAGGCAGCCGCAGCAAAAGUCCGCACAGGACAGGUGAUGAGUGUCGUGGGAUGCCAUGUGCCUCUCGUCAAUAUCAUCGUACCUUGCGGGGAAAUGCAAGUGUCCUGGUAUGUGCAGCAAGGCGAAGGUCGAGAGAGAAGGGAUGGGAUUCCAGCCUCGACCGAGAUGACAUCUUCCAGAUGCUGCUUGAGCAGGGGGGGCGUUGCAACUAUUCCGGGGUUCCCAUGGAAAUCCUGGUUCCCCAUUCACACUGGCGCAUGUCCUUGGAACGCUUAAACAAUUCCGAAGGCUAUCGGCGCCAAAACUGUGCCUUGGUAGCCGCUGAAUUCAACUCCGGUGAUUUCAGCAGGGCCCUGGGUGUGAAGCAGGCAGAUGUUGAAGGCUCAGCGCAGUGGUCUGCUGAGAAGCACCGUUUUGUCAGCAAUGCCUGCAACUUGAUCGUGGACCUGGAGAAACUCCAGCAAGAUGUCGUUGAUGCGUUCCGAAAGCCUUUCCUGUCUGGCAUGCCGUCACGAAGUUCAUACCGUCGUGCUUACUCCAGGACCUUACGCAGUAGGUCGAAGAGUCUAAUCUACAGCGCGCAUGCACGAUCAAGGAUGCGCGAUGAGGAUUGCGAACUUGAAUACACCGACAUUCUACGAAUGCUGCUGCAGCAACGAGGCCGCUGCUUCUACUCCGGAGUGCCCCUGCAGUACGAGCGCCCACACACUGACUGGGUCAUGUCUUUGGAACGCCUGGACAACAGCAUAGGCUAUGUGAAGGGAAACUGUGUGUUGAUCGCGAGUGAGUUCAACACACCAGACCGCAGCAAAACUGCAAAAUGGGAAGUCCGUGGGUCUUCGCAGUGGUCACUUGCGAAAGUGAUGCAUGUUUGGGGCCGUGCCGGCUUUCUCUGA